GAAUUUUGUUGAUUAGAUUUUUUCAUCUUAUUAAAAAAAUGCAAGCAUGAAUGUUUAAUUAAAUUGUAAUAAAAUCGGGUGUAGUGGCAGUGUUGUGUGGUGGUAGUGUUACGUGAUGUUACCACGAUGUGGUUGGCUGUGGUCCAUCUGCUGCUGGUGACCGAAGCCCUAGCGUUCAACAUCAGCAACUUGAUCUCACCAUUCAGCGAUGUGGUCCAAGUUCGCUACCCAUCUCGCAAAUCGCAUGUGCGUCGUCAGCGCGCCAUACCUCCGUCCGUGCCGUUCCCUUGCGAGGACGCGCUCUCCUGGGGCCGUAGUCCUCAGCGGCCUACCUCCGUGCAUCGGUUAAGGCCGGGAGACAUUGAUGUGGUGGCCGCCAUCGGGGACUCCUUGGUCGCUGGCAGUGGAGCGCUUGAAGAGUUCGCGUUAGGCGCAUUUGUGGAGUAUAGGGGUGUUUCCUGGUGUGCAGGCGGUGAUGCGACAUGGCGGGAGUAUCUAACAUUACCAAAUAUCCUGAAGGAGUUCAACCCCAACCUGAAGGGGUUCUCCACGGGUACCGGCGAGUGGCUCACCAAGAACGCCAAGUUCAAUGUCGCCUUCCCCGUGGCUUCCGACGAGGACGCCUUGAAACAAGCUAAGAUCCUGGUAGCUCGAAUGCGGUCAUCUCCAGAAAUCGACAUGGAGAACGAUUGGAAGAUGGUGACGGUGUUCAUAGGAGCCAAUGAUCUGUGCUCGGCGUCCUGUCUCAAUCCUGUCUCCUGGUCUCCCGCCGCGCAUGCCAAGAAGCUGUCUAUAGCAUUGGACUAUCUACACAAACAUCUGCCUAGGACUAUUGUUAACUUGGUACCAGUAUUAGAUGUAUCAGUAUCAAUCCGCGUGCUCCGUCCGAUGAUGUGUCGCCUGAUGCACUCGUUGUUCUGCACGUGCUUCCACCAGGGAGGCAACGAGUUCUACGACCUCGUGCGCAUGGCCAGGCUCUACCAGAAGGCAGAGACGGCGCUGGUGGCCAGCGGACGGUACUGGUCAGACGAGCAGUUCUCGGUGGUGGUGCAGCCGUUCAUGCGUCUGUUCAACGCGCCGCUGCCGCCGCCCGCGCCGCUGCCGCUCGUCAUCCACCAGUCGUACAUCACGCACGACUGCUUCCACUUCUCGCAGAAAGGACAUGCUCUCGCGGCGAACCUCCUGUGGAACAACCUUCUGGAGCCCGUGGGCAACAAGUCAGACAACGUGCCUCCGAUCCUCCUCCGUUCCUUCCGCUGUCCCUCCCGGAAUGCUCCAUACUUCUUCACCAGCAAGAACUCCCGCUCCUACCUCCUCACUGGCAAGCAGGACGGAGCUGACGAUGUCUUCUUAUGAUCUUCGUCAUGGACCAUCAGACACACUAGACUAUACCUGCAUCACAUGGAGGUGUUUCUUAAUAGUGUAAAAGAUUUCCUUUCUUUUCGUGUUAUAGUGUUGUGACUUAAAGAUAAAUUGUGUUUGAAGAUUAUCACUUAGUGCUGGUGGAACUAGUGUAUGUGUUUCCUAGAUGACCUAGUCAAGGAUAUAUGUGUUUCCGGGACAAUAAAAAUGGACUCUUUGGAUGAAGUUACAAGAGGAUUCUCAAGAAAUAUAUUGUGGUGAUUUUUGUAAUUUUCUCAGUGGUAGCACGGAGUCUGGAACUUUGCCCGGUAUAUGGCAAUAGGCUCACCCCC